GCAGGCGUGUUCGGGAACGCGCUUGUGGUUUCUGCUGGUGGUGUGUCAUAACAAAGCAGAGGGAAGUUACAGGGAGAUAACACGGGGCAUUACUGUGCCGUUUAUCCGAUAGGAUGGCGACGAUGGAGAAAACCAAGUCGCGCCAGCCCAAAAAGAAAUCUAAAUCCAAAAGGACUCAUGAGACUCACAUACAAGAUGAUCUAGCUAGUUCAUCUAUCUCAUACCAAGAGGUUCCCACUUCUCCAAGUCAUGUAGUGGAAGAGGAAUUGGCUGAUGCAGCAAAGGACUCAAAAAGUUCCAAUCAAGGAGAGCCUGUCUUCUCAGACACAGAAGAAUAUCCUCUCCUCUCAUCUGCUACUGAAGCUUCGCCCAUUCAAACAGCAAGCAGUGCUUCUGAAGAGGGUCCAAAAGAGACUUCAUCAAAUGACUGUCAUGUUGAUCUUGGUGCAGCUACUGUUGUAGCUCCGGAGGAGAAACUUGAAAGGCCAGAGGUUGCCGAGGACAUUUUGAUUGAAAUUAACUCCCCUGUACACAAGCUAGUCUUAACUGAACAAAAAAACAAUGUUGAAGUUACAAACAGGCCCUCUGAAAAUCCAUACAGUUCUGUUUCUAAACAACUUCAGAAGGUUAAAACUGCAAGAGACGUUGAAGAGGGAAUUGAGGCUGUUACCUCUGGGCUAAAUGCAGCAAGUUUGUCUCGUGCAGCAGACAUGAAAGAAAACAAACAAGCAUUGACUGCCCAGCACAGAAGCAUGGUGUUAGGGUCUCAAGCACAAGUGGGCAAUAAAAGACGGGGAGAUGAGGAAGCAAAUAUGCUGAUUGUUAAGCCAUUCAGUGAUGAUGAACUUUCUGCCUUAUAUUCCAACCAAGAGCUUGAUGCUUGUAUGGAAUUUGUUUCCAGCUUUGUGGAGGCACAUUUGCGUCCGUCCUCUAAACAUACUCACCCCUUACAUGACCUACUUGUUAUUUACCUGCGCUCUAUUAACAGACUUGUCAUUAACCAUAUGGAAUUAGAGGCAAAUAAGAAAGAAAGUAAAGAAAAGCAGAGCCAUUUGUGGAUUUUAGAAACCACAACCAUCACUGAAAGUGGGGAAUGCCAGGAUGGAAACCCAGUAUCAGCCAGCCAUGUUUAUCAAAUGUCCAAACUAAACCGUCCAACAUUAUCGCAGUUGAGACGCAUCUUGGCAGGCAUGAGAGAGCUUGUGAACAUUACACAUUCGUUGGACGCUUAUUCAUGUGAAGCUGCUCGUUUACAAAUAGAAGGCUUAAUUCAAAAUGUUGCACAGAGUUGUCCCGAACUUUUAUCGAUAUCUGAAAAUUCUGGAGCCAGCCUCACUCUUGGCCCUCAUACAUCAAAUUUAGAAAAGUCUGUCAUGGAUCUGCGAACAUGCAUUGCAAUACUUUUCAGUUUCCAAAGAAGGCCAAUGAGAGAUGAGCGUUUUGUACGAGACACUCAAGAUUGGCUGUCUCGUCUCGUUGCCAUUCUAGUCCGUAUUGGUAAUUGGCAAGAUCACAUGUUUCUCCUUAACCAUGUGUUGAGAUGUCCUGCGGGUGUAGGUCAAUGGGCUUCAAAUUUUGUACAGACUCCAGUCCCGCAGUACUGUCCUUCAAGUCCAGGGGCAAAUUCACCGUUUGACAGCCCUUAUAUUGAUCAUGUCAUGGUUGCUCUUGCUACUAUAAUUCUUCCAAUUAGAGAGAGAGCGGCAUUUCUAGAACAAUUUCGAGCUUCGCUAGGAGAGUUCAGUGGAACAACAGAUGCUUGGAUUGUCCUUGAUUCAGAUGGAGAGGAUGAGGAGGGAGAUGAAGAUGGAGAAAAUUCAGUUGCUCUGAGGGAAAAUGACUUGGUAGCCCUCCUAAAUCAGGUCGCCAUUGGACCAAUGUUUCAAUAUCUCCUUUGUGUUGAGAAAGGGGAGAGUAAUGAUGUUUGGACAGGUGCAUCUGUUACACCCCAACACUUCCUUCGACUUCUUUCAUUUAGCACUGUCCUUGUACGGCUUUUGCGCAGAGGUCUGGAGGCUCUUGCUGUACCUAGAUAUAGGCAGCUCUCCAAGAGACUUGGCCGUCUUGUUAGACACACUGUUCAAUAUGCCACUGAUCUAUGGCAGAUUUUGAGUGAAACCUUCUCUCACGAAACUGACCCUGCUAUGGGUUUGAGGCUGCAGGUGGAAUAUGAUGCUUUCCUAGUUCGUGCCACAAAUUGCAUUCAUUCCUCACGACAUCUAGGCGCCUGGCAAUUUCUAGCUAUCCUACCAUAUAAUAUGGUCUCUCUAACUACUCUGUGGCAACUUUGGUAUGCACUCCAUGAAGAGGACCAAAAUGAAGAAGCCAUCAUAAACUGUAAUCAGCAUGAGGAUUGGGAGGCAAAGGUGUACAAUCCUUCUCUCAGAGCACAGCUGGAAGAUCGUUUGACGUCCAUGCCAGAUUCAGAAUCUUAUUACCUUCUGACAACAUUUGCCAACAUGGCUCUUUCAAGGCACAAUCAUGACUGGGCGUUUAUUCGAGCAGCUUGUCUUGAUCUAUUACAGAUUGGUUUUCUUAGCUUGAAUUCUCAAGAGGCCUGUUCUAAAUCUGUUAGGAUUCUCCUGAGUGGAUUGGUUGCUAAACAUCCCCCGCUCCUGUCUGAAAUUCUAACAAGGCUUUCUGAAAACUUCUCUGCUGCUGGAAAACUAAGUCUGUACCUCUACCGGGAACUCCCAUUAAAUCACUGGCAACCUGUGCGAGAUGAUGUGACCAUUAUAACUAGGUGGCUUUUACGGUUCCCUCUGACAUCACCAGAAAAUAACUUGGCUCGCUAUAUCCUUACCAACCUCAACUGGGGCUUCAAUUAUAGUGGAGAUCUGUUCCUGGUUCCUCAACUGCACAGAGAUGUUGCAAUACUGGUUCUCAAGGCUGCUCUUCAAUACGUUCCUGAUGCUACUGGAAGCACAGCAAUGAUUUCAGAAGGUUUGAAGCAGGUAUCGUCUAUGGUAAGAGCUCAAACAGCAGAGCAAGCAUUUCUGCAAUGGGUGUGGGAUAUGUUUGCAAAAUUAAGAUUGCAUUUACUGGACCAAUCAGAAUCCACAGUGUGGUCUGCAAUGGUUAAUUUAAAUGAAAUGCUUCACCAUGUCCCUGAUCUGGAAGUAGAUAGUCUUGUUGAACUUGUUUUGGGAGUCAAGCAAGGACAUAGUGUUGCCAGUUUUGCGGUUGUUGCAAUUACUCAAGUGGGUCACAGUGUACCGCAAAUUUGUAUGCAAGGCUUCAAUCAUUUGUGCCACCUUCUUUCAUGUGGUCGCUAUGAAGCUGUGUUGACAUUACUGCGUCAUAUUAUGCCCUUGUUUCUUGAAUGUGUACCAUCACUUUUAGAAACUGAGAAGUUUCAAACAGUGUUGAAUGGCUUACUUCAAGCAGAUAGAACUUAUGUGAAAAUGGCAAAAAAUUUGAUUGUGUCUGAUUUUCCUGGCCCAAUUAUUAAUCAGUUUGGGAACAUGAUCCAGAGUCAUUUGCACUAUUUCCGAAGGUACAACCAGGAAGGCCCUCACACUUUUGUAUCUUUGUGGCUUCAAGUCCUCACCAAUGUACAAGAUUGGGCUCGCAAUCAGGGUGCACUUUAUUUGUUGGACAUAGUGUUAAGGACAGCGUUCUUUGACCCAGAAUCUAAGAAAAUUGCCUAUGACCACCUCAGACAACUUUUCCAGAAAACAUAUACUGGACGAGAUGAAGAGACAGGAUUGGGCUCUCGACAGGGAGGAGCCCUCUCUUCCAUCAUGAGCUGGGUUUCAUCUGGGACUGCAGUUGGCUCCCCUCUCCUGCCGGCUGUGUCUUGCCCUGACGGACCGUGGUUCGCAUUCUUUGCCUUGGAGAUUGAACAGGAGGAACUUGAAGACAAGACUGGAUUGUGGAAGGAGGUCCAAAAGGAACUUGCAUCUAUGACGGGCAAGCCCUCUGUUGACAGUGCCAUCAAAAAGGCAUGUUGUACAUUGAAGAGACCAGCCCCUCCGUCAACAAUGUUGAGUAUUUACCGUUGGUCUCAACAAGCUCUUGAUACUCCAAUGGAUCAUCCUCUCCUUCCUCUCUUCUGGCAAAAAUUCUUUUUGCAAUUUUUAUCUCGGGUUCCAACUCCAUCGGGCCAGGAAGUGGGGAGUGUUGGUCCAAAGUUCUUUGAAGGCAUGGUAAAUCUUAUUUACCUGAAACGUAUAAAGAAGAGAUUGCAGGAGUGUAAAGAAUUUUAUUGGGCAGCUGUUGAUGACUGCAAAACUGAUGAUCCUGAGAGGCGUACUUGGCUUGAAAAUACAUCAAAGAUGAUUUGGACCUUAGGUCUUUGGUUGGAAGAACCACGGCUUCAUGAACCCACACUUUACCUACCUGCAUUGCCUCCUUUGUACAACGCAGAGAAACUUGCAACCAUUCUACAAGGAGAUAGGAAAUUGUGGCUUGAGUUGAUGGAUUAUAAGACUGUUUUAGAAGAACAGAAGAAAUCAGCUCAGCAAUGGGAAUCUUCUCAAUUCCGUGCCAUUAGUCCAUCCUCUCCUUCUGUUGAAUCAAAGCAGCUACCUGUUCACAGUCACAACCGUGAUGAAGGAAAGAAUCCUGUGGAACGCACCUUGAAGAGACUUCAAUCAUAUGACACUCCAGCAGGUCCUCCUGCCCUGAAGCCUUUCAAAGCUGUGCUUCCCCCUGUCAAACCAGAAGCCUUUCAAAGCCAGAAUGCUACUUUUGAUGCUUUGCGGGAGUCCAUUAGGAUAGUGCUGGAAUAUGCCCAACUCUAUGCUCUGCGUAUGGCUGAACACAACGCUCUUGACUGCAGUUUCUUGCAGAUAGUCCCUUCUUUGUAUUCUGAUGUCAAGACAGAAGUUACACUCCAAGCUACUUGUCAGAGUGAGGGGUACUCAAACAACCAUCAGAAUAUUGUGACCUGUGCAGGACCUGCAACAAUUCGCAUUAAGAUAAGGGAGGCUCGUGUGAGUGAUCGCACAGAGCACAUGAUCAACCAAAAUCGUAACGACUGUGAUGCUCUAAUCACCAGGGCCAUGCAGCCCCCACCUCUCAAAGUUUGUGCCAGCAGUGUUCAAAUAGAGCAAACAAUAAAAGCUCUAUCUAAUGAAUACCUUGCUUUGCGCAAUGAAGGUGUGAGUGAAGCCCUGGCAGCUCAGAGAAUGCGUACAGUUGGAGUGGAACUUUUCUACCAUUUGGUUUCACGGUACAAUGAGGACCUUGCAGUUUAUCCUCCCACCAAACAACUUUUCACCACCUGCCUGGAGUCUUUAGGCCAGGUAUUUAUCAGUGGAGAAGAAUGUGAGUGUGAGCGUUUGCUGGCGUGCAUGGUCCAGUUUCCUCGCCUUGCUGGCCUGUUGGGUCCCCACUUCACUCCGACUAUUGCUGCUACCCCUGUGUUUCUCAUCAUGUACAAGUCUGUGGUGGACAUUUCUGUUCAGCCAAAUGCUGACCUUAGCUUUGUCCUUUUAUCCAAGUUUGACAUUGGUCAGUGGCUCUCAAAAGGAAACCCAAAUUUAAGUGAAUGUGACGAAUUCAUAAAUUAUGUGGGUCGGGCUUUAACAGCAAUCGGACCUACUCCAGCAGAGGAAAAGCAGAUUCUUCAUGAGAUGUUCUGCAACCAUAUUCGGUUACUGCUCAAACAUAAAUUCCCCUUGCACUUUAAUUCUGUAUUAAAUUUACUUCUUAAAACAAGUGAGAGUCAAUCAUUGUGUCCUGAUGUUUGGUAUUCUGUGAUCAACGUCAUCUUGACUCUGGGUGUUCCACAAGUUGGGCCUGGAUCUUCACCAUUGUUACGAAUUGGGCCUAAUAUGAAUCCAGGUCGUAUAAUGGAAGACUUACGAUUGUAUGCUGUGAACCAAAAGUUACUGCAGCACCAGGAGUUGUUGGAGACUGUAGCUCUUCUGGCAAGUCAUUUCAACCGCGAGCGUUUGCAAUAUGGUCUUUAUGGGUUGUAUCCCAAGUACCGUGUGUAUGUUGACGCUCUAGCCAUCUUUCUAGGAAUCAUUGCCCACUCUUUAGUUGUCAGCACUUUGCAAAAUGGUCAAGGCGUGAUAUCAAAUAAACUUGUUGAACAAUUAUGGCCUAGUGUGUCAGCCAUGUUCUUCCCUUGGAUUGCUCCAUAUUGGACUGAUCAGUUAUCAGAACCAACAGCUGCUUGGAUCCAGCAACUGACAGAUGACCGCUCAGUUCUUCCACCUUGGAUUGUUGGAGAUGCAUCCUAUGCUCAACGUAUCAUGGGAACCUUUGUGGAAGUUAUGAGAUUUGUUUUAGACACCUUACCAGCCAGCAGUAAUCUUUUGGGCUACAUUUGGCAAUUUUAUGUGUCACACUUUGCUCACACUGCUAUCAAAGAACAUACAUUGACUGUUGUGCAUACAAACUUGUUGACCUUACCUUGGAUGCGAUUUUGGCCUGCACCAUCUCACCUAGAUCUUAUGCUCAAGGUUGUGGAUCAGUAUUUGCCUGACUGUCAUGCCUUUCUUGGGGCUGUUUUUAUUGAAAUUGCAUGGACUAAGUGGUUAGCACAUGCAAGUAGUUCUGAGUCCCCAAUGGCAGUUGUUCGUCUCCACACCUGUCUUCUACAUCUUUUUGUCAAGCUAGCUAAUGAGCCAAGUGUGCGACAGUCGGGAAAAAUACUUUCACUUUUGGUCGAAUCUCGCAAACUUGCUUGGCAUCUCUUAGACGCGCACGCGUAUGAACCAGUUGUCAAUUGGUAUGUUAUGAGUGUGGAUCCUAGAUCAAUUCUUCGUGUGGAAGACCAAGACGGUAGUGCAAUUGACAGUGCUGUGAUAUAUCUUCUACAAGUAGCUGCUGGUUAUACUGCUAAUACUACCCAGUUCCACUCUUCUACAUUGCGCAAAAGGCAAAUGUUUGUUCGUUCUGGUGUAAAAGUGCUUGUGACUUGUGCAAGUAGAUACAAGUCAAUGCUAAGCUCUAAUAGAGUUGACUUUUUUGAAGUGAUUCAGCGCAUGUUGGACGACAUUGAAAUUGUUGUUGCUGCAACGGUUCCACAACAGCAGCAGGUACCAGAGGCUGGUUUACUUUUGACUGAAUUACUUGGUGUUGUUAACCAGCCUCCUGGCAGUGCCUUGGGUGCACUGGCUCUAGAAAGCUGUGUUUCGUGGCUUUCGUCCCUAGGAUCUGUCCCUGGGUCUCAACGCCAAAGCACUGUUGUUGUUCCUGCUCUGCUUAAAGUUGUAGGCAGUACAGUGAAUGAUUCUUCUGCCCUUGGUGGUAUUCUGGAAGCUACACUUGAAUCGUAUUUCUACAAUGCUGCAGGGGAUGAAACUAAAAACCAGUGGUCGAGCGCUGUUUCUAUACUUCAGCCCACUGUUCCACGUCAACCUCCCACAGAAGAAGUUUUAAUUACUGACGGUAAUUUAUUGAGUCUGCAUGGACUUCUCCUUCUUCAACUUCGGUUGUGUCGUGACAUCAGGGAGGAAGCCAUUUUGUUGUCCAGCCUCAUGACUUGGCUGAACUCUGUGCGGCCUACAGAGCAAGUGGAAGCAAAACUUACUCUUUUAUGGUGCCAAGUUUUGUAUCUUGCACAACGUCAAGUUUCUCAAUCCGGGGAUCGAGCCACAGCAGCCUCAUGUCUGCAUCAGCUAGUGCAGCAUGCUUCAGCUGUGGCAGAACAUAAGGCUGGCGGCUGGGGCCUCCUUAGUGCCAUUGGCAUUGGCAAGCAGCUAUCGGUCACCCCAAGGUGCCGCCUUUUGUGCCGUUUUCUAUGCGCAUUUGUAUCAGCUCAGUUGCCUGAGAGCAAGGUUGAAUCGAAUCUCGUAAGAAGUACACCCAACUGUGCUGGUUCUAUCACCAAUGGUCCCUCCACCAAAUCCGAUCCAUCUUUGGAUAUUCACCCUACUGCUGAUGCUCUGAAGAACCUUGCAUCCUUGGAGGGUUUGUUGAGUAACAAAUUGUAUGCUGGUGUCAGAUCGUGUAUUGAAUCAUCGGUUAUAUAUGUACGCAACCCUGAAAAUUCACUUCAUAAUGCAUCAGAAAUUUUGCAAACUUUGGCAAAACAGCUUUACACUGAAAGAUAUCUCCACGCAUCCUUUGAGGUGCAGAGAGUGAAUGAGAGGUGAUUUAAGAAAAUGCUUGUACAAAGUGCCUUCUGACUAAAGGUUACACCUACUUAAUGGGGAACAGUAUCUAGUUUAUGAUUGUGUGCCAUAUGUUUCUUUUUUUUCUAUAUUGAUCUAUAUUUUCUUUGUACCUUCAAAGAAAGCUUUGAUAACUACCAAAAAUUAUUCAUGUGAUAAUGCAGUUAUUGCAUGUUGACCAAUGUUGUUGUUGACUGGUAUUUAAUGUGAUUAUAGUCGCAAAUAUCAUCUACUUGAACAAAUGUAAGUGUCUUUUCUUGGAAUUCAGUCACUGGACUCUUAUUUGCACACCCAUUAUUUAUUGGGUGUUUGGUUCUUAUCUUCACUUGUCAUUGUAAUUGUGAUUUUGCUAAGUCUUCUUUGGAAUUUUUCUGCCUGUUUCUCUAACAUUGUUAUGUAUUUUGGGCUGUGAUGAUUUAUUUUCUUUUAUUCCUGUCAGUUGCUUUAAGUCAUGUUAAGUUUAGGUGACCUUGUUCCCUGAUAAUUUACCCUUCCAUUCACUUAAUCUUCUUAUUGUUGAAAUAAAAUCAUUUCUGUAGUAACAUUG